AUGCCUAAACUAGGGAGCGUCUUGGGCGCAACCCGUGGAGGCAAGCAAGAUGCGGUCAAUUCGGGACGCGGUGGACGGACUCGAGGACCUGGUGCUGUAGGUUCCAAAUUCCAGUCGAAUCGCGGCGCACCUCGAGGACGUGGAAGAGGCCAGGCUCGUCCUGGCCGGUCUUCAGCUAGCGACGCCAGAGCUGUCGGUGGGAAGGAGUCAGGCUUCGGCGCCCCUGCUUCUAGCUCGCCCUUUGCUGCGAUAAAAAAUGAUACCACCACGGCCUCGUCACCAUUCGGCGCACCGCAAGCCACAUCUGGAUUCGGGAAACCAUCGUCAAGCCCAGCAAGCAUCUCCAAUGGAUUUGGAGCGCCUUCCAUCGCACACCAGCCCAUAGGAAACUUAGUUCAAUCGAGGCGAGAUCCUCGUCCUAAGGCUGCUUCGCACAAACGCGCUCCUAAGAACCAGAUGACAGAACCGACCUUGACGGGCGGCAGUACGCCAGUCGACUACCAAGAACGAUAUGAGAAGUUGAAACUCGACCGGAUCAAACAACGAGAAAAUGCCAUCAAACAAGGUCAAAUGGCUGAUCCCAAUCAGCCGACUCUGCUGAACAAGGCAAUAACUCCUGUGGGAACGUGUACCACAAUGUGUCCAGAAUUCGAGCGGGUGGAGAGAAUCGUUCAGAAGAUGGUUGACAGAGCUGAAAAGAGCCUCGAUCCGACUACAGACACUUUGGAAGUCACGGAAUUAAAGAUGUUAAAACGGUUCAGACGAUCUGCAGCCGGUUAUGACGAACAGUUACCAUCCGAUAUUCGCACACCAAACACUCUUCUCCAAACCAUGAAUUACCUGAUUCGCCAUGUCGUCAGCGGUCCUGAACCCCUUGGUUUGAUUCACAAGUUCGUUUGGGAUCGGACUCGUUCUAUACGGAAUGAUUUCUCUGUUCAGCAAUUGACAAAUAUCGAAGAUAUCAAAAUAGCCGUAAAGUGUUUGGAGCGUAUAGCCCGUUUCCACAUUGUCUCAUUACAUUUGCUUUCCUCCCCCGACAACGAAGAACAAUUCGACCACCACCAGGAACGGGAGCAACUCAACAACACAAUGCUAUCUUUGAUGCAUUACUAUGACGAUAACAGAGAUCGAAUGAGCUUUCCGAACGAGGCAGAAUUUCGUGCUUACUAUAUUGUCUUGGCAAUUCACGAUCAGCGCCCUGACGUGGAAGAUCGUGUGCAAAAAUGGCCUCUGGAAAUCCUUCAAAGUCCCAAGGUCCAAGUUGCUUUGGAACUUCUAGCAGCUGCAAAUAACUACUGGGAGUAUCAGGUUGUUUUGGAUGAAAUGCGGUCCAGUGCAAUCUCUCAGGGGUUCUAUGAUAGGUUCUUCAGCCUAGUAGAUUCGCCAGCUGUGUCGUAUCUAAUGGGCUGUGUCGCGGAAAUAUACUUCAACAACGUCAGGCAAACCGCUAUCCGGUCAAUCUGGAAAGCGUACUGCCGUGUCCCCAUCUCUCAGCAACACAAAAACGAAGAAUGGACUAUAUCUGAGCUCACCCGUGUACUCUAUUUUGAUGAUGAGUCACAAGCCGAAAUUUUUUGUGAAGAGCAAGGUCUUCAAUUGUUGGAAAGGAGUGACGAUGUAUUGUAUCUCAACUGGGGAACAAGCAGCAUUGAUAUCGUCGAUUUUGCACCUUCUUCACAACAUUCCUAUUCCGAUAAAUACGUUGAAGCGAAACGUGGUGGUAGAACCCUUGCCGCCAUCAUUCUUGGAUUGAAUAUCAAACAAGCGGCCGCCCGGGGCAUGAUUGACGUCUCCUUGUUACCGAGUAAUAAUUACGGCUCUCCCAUAGACGAAGACGACAAUGAACUUUUCGUCGCUCAAGAAGAAUCGCCUGUGCAACAGGACGCAGCAACGCCCGUUCAAAAUUCCUUUAAGGCCUUGCCGCAACCAGCUACUGGAUUUACAGUGCCCUCAGUUACUUCGAAUGGGCCUUUCGGGGUAUUUCAACCACCCGCUGUGCCAGUGGAAACAACUCAGACGUCCACAGCUACGAAUAUCUUCUCAUCCAAUGCCCCCGCAAAGCCUCUUUUUGCUCCUAGUUCUUUGUUUGCACCAUCAAUAGAUGUCCCUACCCAGAAGCCAUCCUCACCCUUUCAACCUCCUUCAACAUCAACCCUAUUUCAGAGCACUACCUCCACAAACCCACCAAAGCCAUCAAUCUCAUGGCCAACCUCUUCUCAAAGCUCAUCCACACCUUUGACCUUGGCUCCGACGUCUGUUGAGCAACCCAAGACAACCUUUUCGUGGCCAGCUGCUUCUCAAAGUUCGGACAGUAUUCUUAAAGCUUCCGAACCCGCAGCUACCUCUACAGAACCCAAGCCAUCGUCUGUUUUUGGUCAAUCGAUUUUCUCCGUUCAAAAAGCAGCUUCAGAAGUCCUUCCCCCAGUCACAACAACCGAAGCAACAAAGCCGUUGUUUUCGUUCGUACCAACUAGUCAGCCCUUAGGAACGGAACCUAAGGCUCCUGAUAUUCCGGCAACUACAAAGGUUUCAGAGCCACUAUCCAUGAAACCGUCAUCAUCCUUCUCCUUUCAGCCUCCAGCCUUUUCUACUACCCCGGACAUAUCUAAACCAGCAUCAGAAUCUAUCUUUUCGAAAAUACCACCCUCACAGCAACCAUCAAUUACAUUUACGCCAACUCAGACUACCACAAUCGCCAAUGUUCCAACUCCGCUAUUUUCACAACCGGCAGACGAAUCAAUCUUUGCAAAAGAAACAGGACAAACACCUGAAAAGUCGCCUGUCACUUCGCAACCAUUAUUUUCUACUACCAUCCAGUCCUCCAGCAUUGAUAAUAAUGUAGUGGCGAAUGGUCAAGAAGAGCAGAUAAGUGAAGAGACGGAGGUCCAAUCAGAGCAAGAACAAGCCCCUGUCGAAGACCUUGGUGCGGAAAGUCAUUUGCCCAAUCCGGAGACUUUUUCCAAAUCGGAAAGCGCCAUCGAAGAAUCUUCGGCCUCUCGCAGGUCAUGGAUCGAGACUCUAAGGCAGUCAGCAAUAGAGAAUCGAACGUCCAAAGGAAACAAGAAGCGGCCACUGGAAGCUGAAAACGAUGAGGCAUUGCAAAAUCAAGAAGAGAUAUCAGGACUGAUUAAUGAGCCGCAAGUACCUGCUGAGCUUGAAGAAGUUCCCAAACCAAAGCGUGCUCAACGGAAGCAAAAGAAAUCACUCGCCCUAGCCUCAAUAGCACCACUCCCGACACUACCAAUUCUUGAGCAAGUCAAGAAGCUGACAGAAGUCAAGCGGCCACUUGAAGACGAAACCGUGUCUUCUAGAACAUCCCAAAUCGAUGAAGAUGAAAUUCUUCUCUCGGCAGCCCGUAUCGCGGCAGAACAAUUGAAGAAUGGCCCAAGACUUCUCGACAGGACUACAGACUAUCUCUACACGGAUCCUUUCCGCUCUUCUACAUUCGGAAGAAGUGUAAACUCUGACUCACGGUUAUCGUCGUCUCUGUCAUCUUCACUAUCUGGCUCAUCGCCUUAUGCCCGCAUCAAUGGGUAUGAUGUUGCAUUGGCUCCCGAAACACCCCUUGGUCUUGGCCGCACUCUCUCCCGAACAGAACAACGUCUCAGACUCACUGGAGGAAAAGGCCUAGCAUAUAAGCCAAUUCAACACACGCCAGAGAAACCGACGUCGAGCAAACAGCCACAUAAAAAACGAAGUCUGCCUUGA